ACUCUGGCAAGUGGCAACACUGAUUGUUUUCAUUAUAAAUCAUUCCUGUCAUCUGCUGUAAAUAUUUAUUAUUUACCGUCUCAGAUUCAAGAAAAUAUCGAAAAACUGUGUUUUUAUCGUUUUAUUGGAAUGAAGAAUACCGAGGAUAUAGAUACUCCUGUUAUGUGCGAGGUAGAACUAACAAAACCGAAAUUUAUCGUUCACAAAUUUGUGUCAGAAAUAACAGAACAUAAAAUUGUAUUCCAAGUAAUUAAAAUGAUAGAUUCAUUAUUCAUCUAUAUCAAUGAUAAAGAUCGUCUUCAGUUUAGCGAUUUAUCAUUUGCUAUGACAAAUCGGUACGACAAAUGCCCAACUGGUACUACGUUAAUAGGCAACUUUUCUGAAGAGGUCUCAAAAAAUAUCGCUUGUAGAAUCUCAAAAAAAGUUAACAAAGCAGUGUAUUUGAGUUGUAACGUUGAGCAAGAUAGAUUGCUUAUUCCCCUCAUCGAGAAGAGAUUGUAUGAGGAAAUUAAGUCGUAUCCGGAUAAAUUUUAAGUUGUAAUAAUUGUGUAGAAAUAAAUAUUUAUUUUCAUAUUUUAUUUUUUUACUCGAGUUAUUGUAAAAAUGUAAAUCCUGUUUUGUACUUUUUGUAACAAUUUUUUAUUUAUUUUUCUCAAACGAAAUAGGUAUUUAAGAAAAAUUUAGUUUUUUGCACUGAAACGUAAAGUAAUCAAACAAACAUAA